UUCUCGUAUAUCUCGACGGGGAAGUGACCUAAGCAAGCCAUUGAAUGGGACGAUCAUCAUGAUAGGAAAGUCUGCGGCUCAGGCUUGAACGUGGCGCUAGCCUCGAAUUCAAUACCUUGGAAGGCCCGAGUCGGUGCAAGCGAAAAGGACGUGCAGCAACCGUCGCUUUGCACACUUAUUUGGUCGCGAGUAGGAGAGUGAACGGUGACUGGGAUAGAAGGAAAGUCAGCCUUACUGAUACUGUGACUCUACUAGCUUCUACCUUCGGCAAGGCCUCAAGGCCUCGAUAUGUUCGGCUUGCAGAAAGCAAAUCGACGAAGCCGAGUGGACUGCUUAGCAUCUCAUAGUUCUUCGCCUGCUGUACUUUCGGAUGCUCUUUGGCACAUUUGGGCAUACCUGUCACGUUUACGGUUUGAUCUUGCCAGUUGCCCUAAGCCUCGCGGAUUCUGCACACAUUAUGGCAAAAGGAUAUCUUUCCAUUUAAUGCUGGUCCUGAGGCCUGGGGCGGCACCAUAGCACCCAAUCACAACUAAUCAAAAGCCUUAUUUCCGCUCUGCCUCACUGUUGCCUUGCGGCGGUUCCCGAUCAACCUCCUUGAAAAGCUGAGGAAAUGGUUCUAGGGGGAUGAAAAGCGCAGGCAGUGUCUUGCCUAUAUUAUGGCAACACCAACCGCCUCGCAACUCCCCAUGACCUUUCUGUCCCCCUCCAGCACCUUUGUCAUCAUGAAAGCUACCGCCUUUCUCCUAGUCCCAUUCGCCCUUCUCACAGUAGUCCGUCCAGUUUCUGGGGGGCUUAUUGCAUACGGUGUUUGCCAAACUGGUUGCAACGCCCUCGCGGUCGCCUGCUACGGUGCUGCCGGCGCAACCUUUGGCACAGUAGUAGCUAGCGCACUUGCACCUGCCGCUAUCCUGGCCUGCAAUGCUGGUCUGGGCACCUGCUCUUCAGCUUGCGCGACUGUUGCCCUCCUUGCUCCCACUCCUUGACCUAUGGACAGUGGUGUUCCGCUGUCGCCAUGAUGGAAGUCAGAGGAAGUGCCGUAUGACGCCAUCCGGAUUGUACUCAGUUUCUCAUAUGUUAUACGUUGCUGCGAGCAGUCAUCAAUUGCGUUUGUGCGAUUAGGAGCGGUGUCGAAAUGUGUAUUUUUUUCUUAGUCAAUUCAAAAAGUCAACUGAUUGAUUAUAUAAAUAAUAUGAACAUGC